CCUCGGCCGGCGAGAGUCGCUCGGCGCUGCCCUUAGCAAAGAUGGCCGCGCCCCUCCUCCCGCUCCAUUCCUAGCCCGGCCGGUCCCGCAGCCGCUGGAUGCUCAGCGCCGCGUCCCCGCCGCCCAAGACAGCGCUCCCUCCCUCCCUCCCGCCGCGCCAGCUCCCGGCGCUCCCGCCACCGCAUGGCCGAGGCUGCCGGCUCCCCGCGCCGCCCCGCCGCGGACAGGUGCGGGGCGAGCGGUGCGGCAGCGGCCCGAGCCCGGUGGCGGCUGCUCGGACAGGUUCUGAGGAAAAAGCACUUGAAAGAUGUGCAUCUCCAACCAGUAUCUGUCAGAAGGUUUGCAUCAUUCAAUCUCUUUUCAAUAGAAGACCACAAUACAGAAGAGGAAACUGGGACCUGGAUUCAGUAUAGAAGCAUCUUUUAUCCCAAGUACAGUGUCUCCUUAAGAUUUCACAAUGGCCUCUUAAAUGUUAAAGAUGUUCUUACAAGUUUUGACAACACGGGGAAUGUCUGUCUCUGGCCAUCUGAAGAAGUGCUGGCUUACUACUGCCUAAAGCAUAAUGAAAUAUUCAGGGACCUUGCUGUGUGUGAGCUAGGGGGUGGCAUGACAUGCUUGGCUGGGCUCAUGGUUGCUAUUUCUGCAGAUGUCAAAGAAGUUCUGUUAACUGAUGGAAAUGAAAAGGCCAUCAAAAAUGUAAAUGAAAUCAUCACAAGAAACCGAAAUGCUGGAGUAUUUAAGGCUCAGAAGGUGUCAAGCUGCAUUUUACGAUGGGAUAAUGAGACAGAUGUCUCUCAACUGGAAGGACAUUUUGACAUUGUUAUGUGUGCUGACUGCCUGUUUCUGGACCGGUACAGAGCUAGCCUUGUUGAUGCAAUAAAGAGAUUACUCCAACCCAGUGACUCUGAUAAUUUCAAUCAUCUGGUUCCUAGUAUUGACCUCAUGGACAGUUGUGUUGGCACAGGAAGAAAUUCACAGAGAGAAAUGAGCAGCUCACACAGAGUUACCGAGGGAAAAGCAAUGGUAUUUGCUCCACUCCGAGGGAAUACUUUAAACCAGUUUUGCAAUCUAGCUGAAAAAGCUGGUUUCUCUAUCCAAAGACAUGAAAAUUAUGAUGAACACAUUUCGAACUUCCACUCCAAGUUGAAAAAUGAAGAAAAAGAUACAUAUGAGGAAAACCUCCAUUACCCUUUUCUUCUCAUUUUAACCAAAUAGAGAUAGAAGACCACCUUUUUUUUUAAUAUGGACUGCUGAAAAUUAAUCCAUGUAUGUGGAUGGUCAGGCAAUGUGGAAUUUUCAUUUUCCCCCAUUUAUGUCCCUGAAUCAUCAUUUGGAGAUAUAUUUCUAAUCUAAAUGCUGAGAAAGAUAUUGUGGCUCGUUUUGCAGAGUAUAAACAUUUAAACACCUUUUUUUUUUAUAUAAUUUUGGAAGUUAUUUUUCCAAUUAUAUUCCAGCGUUAAACUGAUCAGACUUCACAUGUAUGCAUUAACAAAGGUGUAGAGCUGGAUUUCUUCUGUUUUGUGCCUUUAAACUUGCAUGUGCUUUGUUGAUCUCUUUAAAUGCUAUUUUGAGGUAUAUUUGAAAAUAUAUGGAUAAUAUACUUUGUGGGCUUAGAUAAUUGGUUAUAAAGAAGUGAAUGCAAUGACACUUAAUUAGUAAGGAAGUAGUUGUCUGAAGAUCUUCUUAAAGUGCACCUAUUGGAUGCUUGUAUUUUGCUGCCUUUUUUUUUUAAUUCCACUGUUGAUUUUUCUAUCCAUGAUUGAAAUGUCCUCAUUUGCUUUAGUGUUGAAGGCUCCUUUUCUAUAUGUGUGUAUGUAUGUUUUUUUCCAGCGGGACUUUUCCUCCUGUAGAUGUAUAAGAAAUUAUGCAUCAGACAAAAGCCUUAUAAACUGACCAUUUGUCCUUUGGACACAAUAGCCUGCCCAGCCCCUCUGCUCCUCCUCUCCAAUUAUGUGUGAUUAGUCUCAGUGUGUUGUGUCAAGAAGGGGGAGUGUGCUGAGUGCUUAUUAUCUGUUUAGGUACAAGAAGAGCACAUUUAGGUUCUGACUAUGAAUGGAAAGUGAGUCUUUAUCAGGACUAAAAUCUAAAUACUACUAUCCUAGAAAUUGCUUUCAAAAAAACACAUGCUUUUUUUUUUUUAUAAAUUCCAAGAAACACUGUAAGGACUACAGGAUUUUAUAAUAUAAUCAAACUAUCUCCCUUGAAUUAGUUUAUAUUGUGAUAUAUUGUGGUCCAUAUAUUUGAUAUACACUUAAUGUGAUUUUUCUUGUACUGGAAAAGACAAAAAUCCUACAAAGAAACAGGAGCAGUAUCUGAUUUCUUAACAGAUUAAUAGACUGUUUUGAUGACUUCUCAGUAGCAGUCUUUAAACCACAACACUUUUAAAAUGUUGAAAAAAGAGAGAGAGGCACAGACCAUGACUGAGAGAGGAAGAUGCUAGCUGCAAGCAAGUGUAGAGAAUCCUGCUGAAAUAUAUUAAUUAAAAGAAUUGAAAUUUGAAUAAGCAUUCUUCUAUAUUCAAGUCAUUGGCCAGCAUGUAAAGCUCCUGAAAGUCCCUUGCUCUUCUGCUUCAUCCCAAAUAAAUUUCUUCACUAACAGUU